AUGCUGACUGCAGCAGGAAGCACAGCCGAGCUGUCAGCUUGUGCGAUCUCUGGCCUCUUCAACUGCAUCACCAUCCACCCUCUGAACAUUGCGGCCGGCGUGUGGAUGAUCAUGAAUGCCUUCAUCUUGUUGCUGUGCGAGGCGCCCUUCUGCUGCCAGUUCAUCGAGUUUGCAAACACGGUGGCGGAGAAGGUGGACCGGCUGCGCUCCUGGCAGAAGGCUGUCUUCUACUGCGGGAUGGCGGUCGUUCCCAUCGUCAUCAGCCUGACCCUGACCACGCUGCUGGGCAACGCCAUCGCCUUUGCCACGGGGGUGCUGUACGGACUCUCUGCUCUGGGCAAAAAGGGCGAUGCGAUCUCCUACGCUAGGAUCCAGCAGCAGAGGCAGCAGGCAGAUGAGGAGAAGCUCGCGGAGACCCUGGAGGGGUAGCUGUGAAGGGCUGGGCACCCCUCCCUCCCUGCCCCCUCCUCUGGCUCUGUGUGAGUCCAAGUGAGGCCUGGACUGUCCACACUGAGGCACAGCCUGGAGAGGGGCUUCUGCACCUGCCCCUACACCUGCAGUCCUCUGCUCCUUUCUCCAGACUUGCUGAAGCCAGGAGCCCCUGGCUGCUGGUGUGAGAGUCUGGGCUGCUGGACUUGAGGCUGAGCCGAGCAGAGCCUGCAGCAGCUGUGUGGACACCAGCUGGCCUUGCUCCUCCGCUGGGUGGGUCUGCAGACCUCACACCACAGACAGGGCUGCCAGUGACCUGCUGUGACCUGGCAGCAGCCUCCCCUGGAGAUGCUGGUCCUGGCUUGAGGGGAGGUGCAAGUGGGACCCUGCCACCUGGCACUGAGCAGAGGGACCUCCCCCAGCUCUCUCGGCAGGUAGAGCCCCAGGGUCCAGGACAGCCUGCCACUGCCAGCAACCUCCCACCACUGCUUAGGGUGCAGCGCUCACUGCCACCCCGCCUUCUCAAGAAGCCCAUAGGGCCCCUAAGGUGCAUCCCUGUACCUGGAACUGCAGCCUCGGCAGUGACCGGACAGCUGGGUGGGGGAUGCUCCCUGCUGACUCCUGGAACCUUGGACAGGCCACCCCAAGACCCCUCAGCUGCCCCUGCUCCCUGGGCCUGCUAAGGCCCCUAGGUUCUGCCCAUCACCACCCUCCCCGGCUGGCUUUGGUGCUAAGGAAGUAGGGAGAGCAGGCUCUCCCUGGCCUCACUGGGGGUGCUCACCCUCUCCCUGGUGUGGCCCCAUCA